AUGAGAGUAACAACAACAAAUCGAACAUCUAAAUUACAGGCAGCAACAAGAGCGAAAACAUCAUCAACUACCAUUCUUAAUGAGCAGACAGGUCAUUUACAGAAUGGUACAACUAUCGUUUCUCCAACAUCAUCGAAUAAUGGUACAUUACGCUUAAUCGAUUCAAGUGACUAUAUAUCAACUUCAGUAUCCCCGCAACAACAACAACAGCCGGUCACAACAUCAACUAUGCUUCAAUAUUUACAACCAUCAUCGAAUGCAAUACAAAAUAUGCUUAUUCAACAAAUACUAACAAGCCCGGAACAGCAACGGCUACUUGUUGAAAAGAUAAAUCAACAACUAAGUGAACAAAUUCAACUUAAUCUUGUUCAAACAACACCAGCACCGAGUACAACUCCAUCGAAUUCAGAAGUAAUCAAACAGAUUCAAACUCAAUUAGCGAGCCAGCAAUUGCUUCUUCAACAAGUAUCUUCUAAGCAGCAGCAGCAGCAACAACAACAACAGAUUCCAAGUUUAUUCAGUAUUACAAAUUCAACUAACUCGAAUCAACCAACAACAGCUACUGUUCAAUAUUUAACAACGACUACGCCUACCAACUCUUCGACUACUGUGACAGCAGAAUCGCCAUCGAUUAUUUCGAUUUCAACACAUCCAUACCAGCCGGCGAACACGAUGAAUAUAACUGAUCUGUUAGCUACAGGUCGAACCUCAACCGGUUUGAACCUUCUCGGAACGAAUUCAAAUACUUCAACCGAAACACGUAUUAUCAUGCCGACAGCAACAACAACAACGAUAAAUCGUUCGACCCAACAGGAGUUAUCUAAUAAUCCGUUAUAUCAACGAAAUCAUUGUCGUUGGCCAAGUUGUGAUACAUUGUGUUCGUCAUUGGUUAAUUUCAAUCGACAUCUUAGUGACGAACAUUCGCUUGAUGAUCGAUCUGUUGCUCAAGCACGCGUACAACAACAUGUCGUUCAACAACUGGAGGCGUUAUUGGCACGUGAACGUGAAAUUCUUCAAUCAAUGAUGAAACAUUUGCAUGGCGGAAACCAACAGAUCAUUUCGAAUGGUGCAUCGACAUCGAAUCCAACGACGACAACAGCACAUAUUAUCACACACCAACCAUCACGUACCUUAGCAUCGUAUCAUAACAAUCGUUCAAAUCAGUUAUCAUCUCCAACGUCAUCGAUGCAUCAUCUACCUAUUGUGAAAUUAGAAAACGCCUUUUUAACAUCAGCUGGUUUAGUGAAAUCAACGGCAACACCGCAAGAUCUAUCCUGCGCGAAUAAUGCCACAACAUCUGCCAUUCUACGCGCUAGUGUAUCAAGCUCUCCACCACCUGUUCAUACUGUCGAAGAAGAAGUUGGAGAUGACACCCAAGAAGAUGAAGACGAUGAGGACGAUGAUGAUGAUAUGAUGGUGACGAAUGUUGGCAAACAUCAAAUGAGUAAAAAAACGAAAGCGAUGCUAGCCCUAGGUGGUAAACGCGCAGGAAAAGGCAAAGAAUUGAAAAAUCGUGAUUAUUAUAUGACGCACGAUGUACGUCCACCAUUUACAUAUGCCACGCUAAUUCGUCAGGCAAUUAUUGAAUCUCCAGAUAAUCAGUUAACGUUAAAUGAAGUUUACAAAUGGUUCGAAGCACAAUUUCUUUAUUUUCGCAAAAAUGCUCAAACAUGGAAGAAUGCUGUACGACAUAAUUUAUCAUUACAUAAAUGUUUCAUGCGCGUAGAAAAUAUCAAAGGCGCAGUGUGGACUGUCGACGAAAAUGAAUUUUGUAAGCGACGUUUGACGCGUGGAGCAGAAAAAGGAAAUAGCCAUAAUGAAUCGUCGUCUUCCUAUGGUCAUAAUACAUCUACUGGUGACGAUCAAGCGCUGUAUUCUUAUCCAUUUAGUGUGGACGAUGAUUACAAGGAUUUUAAAGGUCUCUUACAUUCACAUCAUGUUGAAGAUGAUGAUGAUGAUGACGAUAACAAUUCCAAUAGUGUCAAUGAUAAUAAUGGUUCGCACAAUGAUCAAUCAAGAGGUAUGAAUCAUAAUCAAUACGAUCAUACUGAAGAUGAUGACGAUGUACAAAAUGAUAUGAGUUUAACACAUGGAGAUGAUGAACAAGUUGAUGAAUAA